UCAGUUGCUUCUCCCGCAGUCCCGCCGGCAGCGCCCCCCAUUUGUGUUCGCGACGUCGCCGCCGCUGAAUCGUAUUAUUCACUAUUCGCGCUCCGUGAUCGUACCGUCGUAAACGUAGCGUUGUUAUUUAAUUUUGUCCUCGCGAUUCGCGACCGUUAUCGUUCCAUCCUUCUUAUUCUUACUAUAAACGUCGUCCGCAAAUUGGUGUGAACUUCUUAUUCGUCCGACCAGAAAGACUUCGGGACGUCCGGCCUGGUGGUGCCCAUUCGUGCGCACCCCGUCCCAAAAGGAAAGUCACUCGUCGUGUGAUGAACGCGGUCGUCCAGUCGUAGGGUAGUAUAUUGUUUCAGUUGAUAAAAUCAAGCUAUGGACGAAUCUGUAGGAAUUACUCACAAUGGGACAACACUUCCUACCCAACGAAAUAGGAAACAACAUCAUCAAGCAAUUGUUUGGCGCAAUGUUAUGUUGUUUGGUUACCUUCAUUUGGCAGCAUUGUAUGGUGUUUUGUUAAUGUUUACCUCUGCUAAAAUUGCCACAACUAUUUUUGCAAUAUUGAUGUAUCAAGUAUCUUCAAUUGGCAUUACAGCUGGAGCUCAUAGACUUUGGUCACAUCGGGCAUAUAAAGCUAAAUGGCCAUUGCGUGUGAUAUUAAUUAUAUUCAAUACAAUAGCUUUUCAGAACCAUGUGUAUGAAUGGGCUCGUGACCAUAGACUACACCACAAGUACAGUGAAACAAAUGCAGAUCCGCAUAAUGCAAACAGAGGAUUUUUUUUUUCACACGUUGGUUGGUUGUUGUGCAGAAAACAUCCAGAAAUUAUGGAAAAAGGACGUGGCAUUGAUAUGGCUGAUUUACUAGCUGAUCCAAUUGUUUCCUUCCAAAAAAAAUAUUACAAGUUCCUGAUGCCAUUGUUGUGCUUCAUAUUACCUACAAUACUACCGGUGUAUUUUUGGGGCGAAAGCUGGGCAAAUUCUUGGUUUGUGGCCACUAUGUUUCGAUACACUUUCUCACUUAAUGUUACUUGGUUAGUAAAUAGUGCUGCACAUAUGUGGGGUGGAAGACCAUAUGACAGAUUUAUAAAUCCUUCCGAAAAAAUAACUGUAGCUUUAUUGGCAUUGGGAGAGGGUUGGCACAACUACCACCAUGUUUUUCCGUGGGAUUACAAGGCAGCAGAAUUGGGCGAUUAUAAACUCAAUAUGACAACUGCAUUUAUUGAUUUCUUCGCUAAAAUUGGAUGGGCAUACGACCUGAAGACUGUCUCAGCUGAUACUGUUCGUAAACGUGUGGAACGUACUGGUAUAAAUGGUCGUGGAGAUACUCAAUCAUCAUGGGGUUGGGAUGACAAAGAUUUACCACAAACAGAACGCGAAGCUGCCACAAUUAUCAACAAGCAAGGAUGAAUGACUUAAACCAAAGCAUGUAUUUUAAGUUUGUAUUAUGUAUCAGUUUACUGUAUUCUGAGUGACACCGUGUGUAUUAUGUUGUAUAUAUUAAUAUUAUGUUUACCACGAUUAAAGUUUAUUUGUUUAUAUAUAAU